CACAGCUCUGUUGCCCUUCUCCGCACAUGCUCCAGAGCUUAACAUUUCCCACAUUAAGAACUUUAAAAAGGCGGUAUGAUAAUAUACGAAUAUUCUUGAUUAUAGGGUCAUCCCAUAAAAUUUGGUGUCUUAUAGGGUGACCGCCAAAGCCAGUGUGCAAGGUGACCAUCCACUACAGCAGGAUUUGACUAUGUCUGAUCUAGAACCAGAUAAUGGGUUGCUGGUCAUGUGUGCUAAUGAGACACAGGAUCUGCUGACAACAGGAAUGAAGAAAAUGCUGCCUAGAAAGGUGCAAACCACAGAAGAAUGGCUAAGAAACUACAGUUUAGAAUCCUUGCAAUUAACAUUAGAGCAUCUGGUGAAUGAAGGCACUAUUAUUUUGGAUUCAAGGAGUGGUGCUGAGGAGAUAGAGCUGGCAGAAGAGGCUGUUACUAAUUUUGAGGCCAGAGUUUCUGAGGCGGUUGAACUUUAUCAGCAACGAAUUCAGUGGCUGUUGAAGGACAGCAGAAAGGUGUUUGGCCUUGUAAAAGGAACCAAAGUUGGACUUGUGGUUGAUGUGUCUGGUCUGAGUGACAGACCUAGACUAGAGGGUUUUCAGAAAGACCUUUUGUCCUUAAUAGAUGAACAGCUGUGUUAUAAGAAGCAAUUGUACUGCCUCUCAUUUGGUACAGAAACUUCACCUCUGUGGGAGAGUCCAAAAAAUGUUGGUGUUCAUGUGCUAGGUGAAGCAAGACAGUGGGUACAGCAGCUGGCACCUGCAGGAGGCUGCAAUUUGCUGAAAGCCUUAAAACAUGUCCUUAUAGUGAAAGAGCUGAAUUCUCUGGUGAUUAUAAUACGAAGCUGCCCUGAUCAGUCUCUGGAAAUACUGGCAGACUAUGCUCAGCAAUGUAUGCUAGGGAGAAAACUUCUGGUUCAUGCUGUUACAUAUGAUUGUGGCAGUCCUGCUGCUAUUGCAACCGUUAAACAGCUUGCAGAAGUUGUCAGUGGCCGCUACCAUUGCUACUCUUCAAAGGGAGAGAAUUCUGACAGUAGUGAUGUUAAUCUGCUGCUUCAGGAAUCACACAAGGCUCAGGACCUACUCCACAGUAUCAAGCAGACUUUUCAAAGGCGUGUUGAUGGCUCACUUAUUAGUGGAAUAGCAGACGUUUCCACAGAAGUUGCAAAUGCAGCAAUUCCUUGCUUCCUAUCAAGGCCUCCAAAGCAUGAAGGACCAUUAAUUAUUCAAACACCACGCUUCCUGGCCAGAACUUCAACAGAAUGGUUAAAGACAAAUGGAUUGAAAGCUAAGAAGUUAAACCUUUAUCAAGUUUUGGCUCCCAAUGCUUUUUCUCCUGUGGAAGAAUUUGUACCAAUUCUUCAAAAAACAGUAUCAUCAACUCUACACGAGAAAGCUAUGAUGCAGUUUGAAUGGCAUGAUGGAACUGUGAAAAAUAUUCAUGUUGACCUGCCGAUAUUACACAAGUAUCAGAAACUCCUUGCCAAAAUGGUAAGAAUCUAUGAGAAACGAAUUAACUGGCUGUCUGUUGCUAGCAGAAGAAUUUGGGGAAGUGUUUGUGAGAGGAGGGUGGUUAUACUUGUUGAUAUAUCAGUGCCAAACUCCACCUGCAUCAUCCAUAUCCAACAUUCUUUGCGACUUCUACUUGAAGAACAAAUGUCAAAUAAGGAUUGCUUCAAUAUUAUAGCAUUUGGGAGCCACAUUGUGCCUUGGCAGAUGGAACUGGUUCCUUCCCAGCCUGAAAACUUACAAAAAGCUUGGAGGUGGGUAUUGAGGUUGCAGUGCAGUGGGAGUAGGAAUUUCAUGAGUGCUCUCAGAAGAGCUGUGGAAGUAGACUUCAAAGAAAAGGAUAAACACAAAUCACAAGGAAUUUACCUGCUGACUACUGGAAUACCUGAUCAGGAAACACACACAAUCAGUGCCUACGUGGCUGAGGCUUGCAGAGGUUUUGAUUUGCAGCUUCAUGUCUGUCUGUUCAGUGUAAUGGAGGAUGCUGACUCCUGUGGGAUUAUUCCAGCCCGCUAUGCUACCCCGACAGAAACUGCCAUUGCUUUUAAAGAAAUAGUACAGGCUGCCAAUGGGAGAUUUCAUUGGUUUGGAGAAGCAGGUAUUUUUGAAAGCGAUGAUAUCACUGUUCUUGUAUCUGAAAUGGAAAAAGCAAAGAACUACUCCCAAAAGUGUGCGUUCUUAGUGGAAUCCUUAAAGCAACGUUCAGGAAAUCAGCCUGCUGAUCCACUUAUAGCAGAAGCAGACGCAACCGUGGCUGUCACAAAAGAGAAAAGAAGGCCGCAGAAGUUGCCAUCUCCAAAACCUACAGCUCUGAGUCUGGCUAGAAUGCACAUCAAAGACAAACACUGUGCGGAGAAAAACGCCUCCAUCAGAGUGCCAGUGUGGCGUCCCACCAGUGCAAAAGCAGAAAUUCCACCAGUACAAACAAUAAAACAAUGGCCUCAGGCUGAGAACAGAAGAAAAUAUAAACCAAGGAAACAGCCAGAGUGUUCUGUGUCAGUAUUUUAUACUGACAAAGGAAGAAAUGUGGGUGCAGUAUUCCGAAGUUAUCCAAAGACUGUUUGCAUAAGAAAGCAUGUUCCCUCUGUCAGAUUGCCAAAAAAAGAGGAAAUCUGUUCAAGCAAAGAGUGGCUGACAAAGUAUAGUAUUAAAAAGCUUAAACUGGAAUUGCCCAGACUGAUGUUUGGUCCAAGCUGCACUCACCAAAAGAAAAUUGUGGAGUCUCUGCACAAGAAAGUGUCAGCAAAGUACUGCACUAUCUUCCCCAGUGUAGAAAUCAAUGGGGUUGUGAGACAUCUGCAGGUUCAAUCUAAAGAACUGGAAAUCUACAUUGAACAAAUGGAGAAGGUGUUGCUACGCUAUCUGCAGAGAAUACAGUGGCUUCUGUCAGGAAGUCGAAGAUUGUUUGGUACCAUUUUAGAAGCAAAUGUCUGUGUUUUGAUUGAUACAUCUGGUUCCAUGGACCCAUAUUUGCCACAUAUCACGAAGGAACUUACCUCCCUUAUCUGGGAGCAGCUGAGAAAAAAUGAAGUCAGGUUUAACCUGUUGAGAUUUGCAGAAAAUACAGAGAGUUGGAGGGAGCAUCUUGUAGAGGCAACUGAUAAAACAUGUCACGAUGCUGUGCAGUGGGUGUCCAAAUUCCAUGCUCAUGGUAAUACCUGCAUCCUUAUGGCUUUACAGAAAGCUCUCAGUUUCCAAGGUGUAGAGGCAUUGUAUAUAUUGACUGAUGGAAAACCAGAUACCAGUUGUAAUCUGAUUUUGAAAGAAAUUGAAAGAUUGAGAAAGCAACAAGAUAUUAAAAUCCACACCAUUUCUUUUAGCUGUGUAGACAGAGAGGCAAAUGAAUUUCUGAAGAAGCUUGCCUCCCAAACAGGAGGGCGCUACCACUGCAGCUUUGGAGACGUGGACGGGCAAUUAGCAGCACACCGAAUGCUGACAGAAGGAUUCGAUGAUGAGGAUGAUCCAGUUUUCCCGUACUUCGAAGGAGAUGAUUUAAAGAAACUUACUGAGGAAGUAGCAAAAGCUAGAGGUUUUUUAAAGCAGGCAAAAUCUUUGAGGCUAUUACUACAAAAAUGGAACAUAAACCCAAAGGACAGUUCUGUUUUUAAAAACAGUGCUCAGGUUAGGAAUAAUUAUUUCACCACAUCACACUAAUAAUUGCUUCAAUCAAUUGAUGGUAUGUCAAAGGUGUAUUUUUUUGGCAGUCAGUUUGAGACUUGUUGGCUGGUGCUCUCGUGACUAACAGAUGUGACAGAUGGCUGUGAUACUAGAAAGAGAAUUCUUUUCUUCAGUUUGAAUAACAAAUCCAAGAAAUAACCCUAGUGCAGAAAACAAAGUUGGAAUGACUUUGCUGAAAGAAAUUUGCUAAUAAUUAUUUUUACUCUUUCUGUGUUAUGUUGGCAGUAGAGAAGGACCAGAGUGGAUGAUUCAGAAAUCAUCAGGCAUGGACAUAAGGAAUAUCUUGAUACUGAUUAACACCUGGUUAUGUUUGUAUAAUCACACACUGCCAAUCUUCAGAGCAAUUCUAUUAAGUUCUUGUGCACUUCCUUUCAUAGAAAGAUUAAAAAUGUUUCCAGUGCCAUUUAAGAAAAUCCAGUAUUGAGGCACAUAUUUUUCCAGUUUAUGAAACACACAUUUUUUUUUAAUGAGGAACUCAGUGGUGAAGUUCAUUAGCAUUUUGUAGCUGUUUACUUUUGUCUUUCAGAGGGCUAGAAAUUCAUGGUUUUAGUAUAUGUAAUUUUAAUGAAAAUUGAUCCAGACUGCAGAAUUCAGAUACAUGGUGUGAGUUUAUUCAGGAACCAUUCUCUUCUCCUGAGUGCCAACUGAUGGGAAUGACUCAAUAAUUUGAUAUGGGAGAUGCCUCUUUUCUUUUCCUUCUUCUGUUUUAUCUCCAUAAAGAACUAAAACUUUUUCUUUCCAUCUCAGAAGUAUCUUUUUACUGUUGUAUGCUCUGUACCAUCUUACUCCUGCCUUCCAUGUUGGCACCAGCCUACUGUGGCAGACUGCAGUUAAAAAGGCACAUUGUGCUAAGCAUCAUUUUCCACAAUUCUUGAUAGGAUAUUUCAGUAUAUUUUCUAUGUGUUAGUAUGUGUAUCGCUGCUGAGAUGCUUUGGUAUAAAGUCUUAACUGUAAAUCAAUAGGAUUAAUUGCAUUUUUAUUGGAUGUAUAUAAGUAAUAGAUGCUGACUACUGAUAAAAGGAGUGAAUAUGUUGAAACAGUAAAUCCAGGCUGAAGAGACAAGGUUUCUGUAUUGCCAACAAGAGAUGCUUAUUUAUUCCUUGACAGAUUUAAGAAAUGUCUCAAUGCUGGAGUGUAUAUUUUGAUAUCGUUAUAGAGGUCCUUAGGAGGUAACACUGAAUGUGAUCUCACAGACUCUGUAUGAAAUAAGAAUUGAAACAUGUCAGUGUGCUGUGUUAGAUUGCAGUCCGGCAAACCUCUGAUUUACAGCCUUUUUUUUUCUGUAUGGUAUUUGUUUUUUGUAUUUUACUCAUUGGAAACAACUCAGUUUAUCCAAAGUCUCACAAACUGAUCAUAAAUGGAUCUGUGUAAUCCUGAGUUCACUGCACUGUACACUAACAUUCUGAAAUUACAUAUACUUAAAACAUUGCUCAUUUGUUUGCAUUGGUUUAGUCUGGACAUAUGUUCAUAGCUCUUUUUCUCUUGAAAUGCUCCCAGGUUCAGACUGUAAACUUAAAUAUGUGUAGGAAUUCAGGUAUCUUCUUGCUGGUGCUGUGAGCUAAGAGUUUCUGUUCAAGAAAAAUGCAACAGAAAAGGAAGGCACAGAUAUUUACAUUAAAAUUUGUGUAACCACAGAAGAUUCUAAAAGAGUCAGAUGUUGCAGUAUGUAGCCAUUGUAUUCCAUCCUCCUUGUUUUCUGAGGGUUUUCAUCCAGCCUCUUUCCAUACUUCUGAGAUGUUGCAGGUUGAUCAGCCCUGCUGCCUGCUUAGAACAGCUCAAUCCUUCAAAAUACAGUUUCUGUCUCCCACCUAUUGCCUACCUGGGUCAGCAGUGAUGACCAGAUUAAUCGAGUGCUCUGUUAUUGACCUUUCUAUGUUGAUUUGUCACGUAUAUACCACUUGCUUUCCUGGUUUAUGCUUUCUG